AUGGUCAGAGAUUCCCACUGGACUGAUGGAGCAGCUUCUGCUUACAUUAAUGUGAUGGUUAAAAACAUAGACACGAUCCAGCCUAGCCAGAGACAACAGGUUAUCCCUAGAGUGCACCCACGUGUGCUGCCGCUGGCCCGGGUGGAAGUGCCUCCAAACAUCACACAGCUCAAAGCUUUCUCAUUUAUUUUGAGCAAGUGUCCUGAUGACCUCAUCGACCGUACAGGAGAAGGGUGUAAAGCCCCUCGCAAAGAGAAUGGCAACCCCUCCACUAUUGCUGCGCUUAUGGCUGAAGAAGCCCCCCCCCCAUCCCCUCCUCCAGUCACUCUCGUUCUCAGCAGUGCUGUGAGUUUCUGUUUGAACUGUAGUACCUCCCUCUCUCCUCAGACGGAGAAGUUCUGCGGGGCUGUUCCCUCGGACCCCUCCCCCCCUUCAGAGGAGCAGCAGGAGGAACACGAGAACAUGAAGAACCUCUUGAUCUGCAGAACCUCCGAGUCCGGAAACCUGAGGAGGAGCCGGGCCGUCCGCAAUAUGGGUCGGGUCAGUCCCUCUCAGAUGUCAGCGGGUCGGGAGGACGGUUCCGGUUGUCCUGACGACGCUACAGACGAAAUAAUGGACCGGCUGGUGAAGUCCGUGACCCAGAACCCGGCCGACAGGCCCGCCAGUCCCAAGAACCGCAAACGCUCCCGGGUCAACAGGAAGUCCAGUGAGUCCUCUUCUGUUCCCCGAUAGAUCAGAGAAGACUUUAUUCAUCCUGAAGGAAGCUGUUGUUCCAGUAACACACUGAACACACACUGAACACACACUGAACACACACUGAACACACACUGAACACAACAUAAUUUACUUAUGUUGUGGCAGAUAUUUCAGUAAGCUUUCUUAACGCUA